AUGCCUCCCAAGAAGACCGAAGGUGCCACCAAGGCCAAGGCUCCCGCCUCCCACCCUACCUACCAGGACAUGAUCUCUGAGGCCAUCACUCAACUCAAGGACCGCAAUGGAUCUAGCCGACAGAGCCUCAAGAAGUAUGUGAAGGCCAACUACAACAUCCAGACCCAGACCGACUCCAUGUUCGACUCGCUGUUCAACCGUGCCCUCAAGGCCGGUGUCGACAAGGGUGUCUUCGUCCAGCCCAAGGGCGCAUCUGGCGGUACCAAGCUGGCCAAGAAGUCCGCCCCCGUCAAGAAGGAGGCUGCUCCCAAGGAGAAGAAGCCUGCUGCCGAGAAGAAGGAGACCACUAAGAAGGCGACCGCCAAGAAGCCCGCUGCUAAGAAGGAGGGCGCUGCCACCAAGAAGGCCGCUCCCAAGAAGGCCGCCUCCACCGCUGCCCCCAAGAAGGCUGCCCCCAAGAAGAAGGCUGAUGCCGCUGCCCCCGCUGUUGUCGACAAGCCAGCUGCUCUUACCAAGACCAAGUCUGGCCGUGUCGCAAAGACCACUGCCAGCAAGCCAGCCAAGAAGGCUGCCCCAGCAAAGAAGGCCGCCGCUCCCAAGAAGGAGAAGACGCCAAAGAAGGCGGCCUCUACUGCUGCUGAGUCCAAGGCAUAA